GAUUAUAUCUUUACUCACGGACAUCAGCAUGAAGAUUCUCUUGGUGGGCCUAGUGACUCUACUUAGUCUUUCCAAUGUGUCGUGCCAGAACAAGAGAAACAGAGACGAAGAACUGCUCCUGAACAACGCCCUAAGACUUCUGGGUGGAACUUUUGGUGACGCCUUCAAACAUCUGCGCCGGACAAACUCAAGCACUAAAGUUUCACUCAAGAUUAGCAUGAUACCCGUCACAAUCAGCAAACUGAAAAGUCCAACGGGAGUUUGGUAUUACGUAAACAUAACGUAUGAAAACAAGCCUGAUGAUGCUUUUCUCAUGGGAAUAACGAUGGAAAAUGGCAAAGUUGUAGCAGAGUUCGCCAUUUUCAAAACGCAGACCAUAUACCAAACAUCACGACGGUCUGUGUUGCAGCGAGUUCUAAACCGGAUUGUGACAGAAAAUUCGGUUAUUCGAUCGCCUCGCUGUUCUUGCAAAUUUGUUCGUGUUAACGAUAGUUUAGAGAACCUGGAAUGCAUUUUACCAAGAUGCUUCUUUAAUGACAAUGUAAGGACUGACCAGACAGAAAAGUUUACAUCGAUGGGUGUAAAUUGCAAUGGCCUGUAUUUCAUUGAGAACGAAGAAGUAUUUUAUGGACUGCAUAAGAUCAGGAACAGUGACCCUUCCUGGCCUAAAGCAUUUCGAAAAUAUCUGAAGCAACGUCGUAUUUGCGUUGAUUAAGUCUACAAUUCGACGAUUAGUGGAUCAACCAUAAGCAAAGUCACCUA